GAACCAAUCAAUCAAAAUUGACUAAUCUCAGAGCACACCAGUCUUCAGGUCUCUCUCCUCCUCGCGGCUCCAACGCCAAAGCAAAAAGCUUCACGAUUGAAAAUCUCCGUUCGUUUUCCACCUCUAUUAGAUCGGAGAUGGCGGAGAAGCCGGCGCAAGAGCAGGAGCAAAAGCGAGCGAUGGAACCGGGUGUUCUGGACGAUAUCAUUCGUCGUUUGGUUGAGUUUCGGAACACGAGACCUGGAUCGGGGAAACAAGUUCAUCUCAGUGAAGGUGAAAUUCGUCAGCUUUGUGCUGUCUCCAAAGAAAUCUUUCUUCAACAACCCAAUCUGCUUGAAUUGGAAGCUCCCAUCAAGAUCUGCGGUGAUAUUCAUGGGCAGUAUUCAGAUCUAUUGAGGCUGUUUGAGUAUGGAGGCUUUCCUCCCGAAGCCAAUUAUUUGUUCUUAGGUGAUUAUGUUGACCGUGGCAAGCAAAGCUUGGAAACAAUAUGCCUUCUCCUAGCUUACAAAAUCAAGUACCCGGAGAACUUCUUCUUGUUGAGAGGGAAUCAUGAAUCUGCAUCCAUUAAUCGUAUUUACGGUUUUUAUGACGAGUGCAAACGCAGGUUCAAUGUCAGACUCUGGAAAAUAUUCACUGAUUGCUUUAACUGUCUUCCUGUGGCCGCCUUAAUUGAUGACAGAAUACUAUGUAUGCAUGGUGGGAUUUCCCCAGAGUUGACAAGUUUGGACCAGAUUAGAAAUAUUGCACGUCCAAUGGAUAUUCCAGACUCUGGUUUGGUAUGUGAUUUACUGUGGUCGGAUCCUAGUGGAGACGUCAAAGGCUGGGGCAUGAACGAUCGCGGUGUUUCAUACACUUUUGGAGCUGACAAAGUCGCAGAGUUUUUGGAAAAAAAUGACAUGGACCUUAUCUGUCGUGCCCACCAGGUUGUUGAAGAUGGGUAUGAGUUCUUUGCAGACAGACAGCUUGUUACAGUAUUUUCAGCUCCCAACUAUUGCGGGGAAUUUGACAACGCUGGCGCAAUGAUGAGCAUUGAUGAGAGCUUAAUGUGCUCAUUCCAAAUUCUAAAACCGUCAGAAAAGAGGUCGCCUUUUCAAUGACAACCAUUAUCCAGUGACCACCAUGCUUCAAAUUAACAAUUCUCGAAAAGAUCUGAAUGUUCUUUUGUGGCUCAGCUUUUGGCAUUUUGAUAAUUUGCUACAGCUACUUGCGAGAGGAACUAGAGACGGAAACUGCUCAAUUGGGACGUUAAGGGUACUGAUAAAUAGUGCAUUAGACAUGUAGCUGUUGACAGAGAAGGUCUCAAACAGAAGAACAACUCAAAGUCUCUUCUGGUUUUAUCAUCAUCUCUCACAUCUAUCUUUGUCAAAAAUGUGUGUGUUUUUAUUAGUCUUGUCUCUGAAAUAAUAUUAGAUUCUCAUUUGUACUC